UGUAGAGGCAGAAUAUGCUGCUCUGUGCUUUCAAUCAGCCGGGGGCCGCCUACAAUGGAAAUGUGACAACAGGGGGAACUGAUCCCUGGCGAGCCGAUGUAGAAAAACCUAAGUACGAGGUGUCUCAAUUUCACAUCAGUGCGGAACUCCCACGUCACCUGAUGCGUAUUAUACCGAACACUUCGAUAAAAGUGCAACCCAAGAGGCAGCAGUAGAUGUGUGGGCUGUGGUGUGUCCAGCAUGAAGAGAGCGGGGCGGCCGGCCGUCUCUAAGGCUCCCGCCACCAGCCCUGCCGCCAAAGGCCCUGCUAAGUCUUCCAGCUCCACUCCUGCUGCUGCUGCUGCUGCUGCUCCUGCCACGGCUACUCUGGACAAGGCGAAGAGUCCUGAUGAUCUGUCGGCACCCAUGGCAGGGGGCGCUCCAGCAGCUAACGGCACCGUUGCCAAGGUGAAGAAGAGCAGCGGUGCUCUCCCGGCCGCAUCAGGGAGCAACGCCGAGAACAAGGCCAAAGCCCAACCCGGUUCUUCCCGACGGGCCUCCUCCUCCGCCUCCAAGGAGCCCGGCUCGACUUCGAGCCGGACUCACGGACCUCACGCAGCGCCCAGGGAGGGAAAGACGGCGGCGGGCCUUGAGGGCCGCAUGAGCAAGUCCAAGUCGGACGGUCAGCUGAGCGAGCGAUCGGCGCUGGAGACGCGCGUGAAGGACCUCCUGGGCGUGGCCCGGGGGAAGGACGUGGAGAUCCUGCAGCUGCGGAGUGAGCUGAAGGAGCUGCGUCUGCAGCUGGGCCUCCCCGAGGAGGAGGAGGAAGAGGAGGAGGAGCAGGAGGAGGAGACUACGCCGACGCCGCAGCAGCAGAGGGAGGCGCAGGCCGCCAUCAGCGCCGCUGACGUGGAGUCCACGCUGCUCCUCUUGCAAGAGCAGAACCGAGCCAUCCGGAGCGAGCUCAACCUGCUGAAGAGCGAGAACCGCAUGCUGAAGGACCGACUCAACGCCCUGGGGUUCUCCUUGGAGCAACGCCUGGACGGCGGAGGGGGCAGCAGGGUCCCCUCGGUCGACGCUCUCGGCUUCACGCUGGACGGCGCCGACAAGCUGUUCCACUACCCCUCCCUCAGCCCUGACCCCGCCUCCUCGGGCAGUGGCGGUGCCGGAUUGGCCUCUUCUGCGGAAGGCUCCGCCCCGGGCUCCAUGGAGGACCUGCUAACAGGCCAACAGCGAAGUGGCUCCGUGGACAACCUGGACAGCGAGUCCAGCGAGGUGUAUCAGGGGGUCACGUCCAGUGAUGAUGCCCUGGAUGCGCCAUCAGGCUCGUCGUCGUCCUCUGAGUCGGAGGGUGCCUCGGGGCCGGAACGCUCGCGGAAGGGCAGUAGUGGCGGCAGCGAGGUGUCCGUGGCCUGCCUGACGGAGCGCAUCCACCAGAUGGAAGAGAACCAGCACAGCACCUCCGAGGAGCUACAGGCCACCCUGCAGGAGCUCGCCGACCUGCAGCAGAUCACGCAGGAGCUCAACGGAGAGAAUGAGCGCCUCGGCGAGGAGAAGGUGCUGCUGAUGGACUCGUUGUGCCAGCAGAGUGAUAAGCUGGAGUCAUGCGGCCGUCAGAUUGAGUACCUGCGCUCCCUGCUGGACGAGCACUGCGUGGUGUACUCGGUGGACGAGGACAUCAAGAGCGGGCGCUACAUGGAGCUGGAGCAGCGGUACGUGGAGAACGCGGAGAACGCCCGCUUCGAGCGCGAGCAGCUGCUCGGCGUGCAGCAGCACCUCAGCAACACGCUCAAGAUGGCCGAACAGGACAACGCAGAGGCCCAGGGCGUUAUACAGGCCCUGAAGGAGCGUAACCACCACAUGGAGCGGGUGGUGGAGCAGGAGCGGGAGGGGCGUGUUGCCAUGGCGGCGGCGCUGGAGGAGUGUAAGGUGGCGGUGAGCGGCGAGCAGGCGGAGCUGAGCCGCUGCCGCACGCAGCUGGAGCAAGAGCGGCAGAAGGUGGCCGAGCUCUACUCCCUCCACAGCAACGGAGACCGCAGCCACAUCCACCAGCUGCUGGAGAACGCCCGCCUGGACAAGGAGCAGGCUCAGCGCCGAGCCGGCACGCUGCAAGACCAGCUCACACACACACGCACGGAAGUCAGCCGCCUGCAGGACACACUCAACAAGCUGGAUGGCGAGUACCGUGAGUUCCAGGGCCAGGUGCAGCAGGAGCUGUCGGAGCAGAAGCGGGCGCUGGAACUGCAGAGGGGCGUUCUGCAGGAGCGCGACGCCCAGAUCAGCGACAUGAAGGACACCAUCUUUGAGUUGGAGGACGAGGUGGAGCAGCACCGCGCCGUCAAGCUCCACGACAACCUCAUUAUUUCCGAGCUCGAGAACUCUGUAAAGAAGCUGCAGGACCAGAAGCACCUCAUGGAGCGAGAGAUUAAGAUCCUUCACCGUCGCCUGAGAGAGGAGUCUGCUGAGUGGCGGCAGUUCCAGGCAGACCUGCAGACUGCGGUGGUCAUCGCUAAUGACAUCAAGUCGGAGGCGCAGGAAGAGAUCGGGGAUCUACGCCGCCGCCUGCAGGAGGCACUGGAGAAGAACGACAAACUCGGCAAAGAGCUUGAGGAGGUCAAAAACCGCAAGCAUGAGGAGGAGCGUGGGCGUGUGUAUAACUACAUGAAUGCGGUGGAGAGGGAUCUGGCCGCGCUGAGGCAGGGGAUGGGCCUGAGCCGCCGCUCGUCCACCUCCUCAGAGCCCUCCCCCACCGUCAAAACACUCAUCAAGAGCUUUGACAGCGCCUCGCAAGGUCCCGGCCCCAACUCUGCUGCCGCUGCUGCUGCUGCUGUUGCCGUGGCUGCAGCAAGUACCGUUCCCACGCCAACGACCAACACACUGCCCCGCACUCCACUCAGCUCCAGUCCCAUGAAAACACCACCUGCAGCCGCCGUCUCGCCCAUACAGAGACACUCCAUGGGAAAUUCUGUAGCUGCAGCCAAGCCUCUCUCCUCCCUCUCCGACAAGAGACCCAGCUACACGGACAUCACCAUGCCCACUGAUCAUCUGUUGCGGGCAGCAUCCAGUGGUCGUCCAGCCCCGGUUCUUCAGAGAGUCUCAAACUUGGACUCAUCCAAAGCCAUCUCAGUCUCUCGUAGGAGCAGUGAAGAGGUUUCAACUCCUGAGGGAAGCUCUGGCUCUUCCCUGAUGGCUGCCACUCCUCUCAGCCUCAGCUCACCCUCACCCACAGCACGCAGCAGACUCCGAGAGGAGCGGAAGGACCCAUUAUCUGCCCUGGCUCGAGAGUACGGGGGUUCCAAGAGAAAUGCUCUGUUGCGAUGGUGUCAGAAGAAGACAGAGGGAUACCAGAACAUUGACAUCACUAACUUCAGCAGCAGCUGGAACGAUGGCUUGGCUUUCUGCGCUGUCCUCCACACCUACCUGCCUGCACACAUCCCCUACCAUGAGCUCAACAGCCAGGACAAGAGACGGAACCUCACCUUAGCCUUCCAGGCAGCAGAGAGUGUGGGCAUCAAGUCCACUCUGGAUAUUAAUGAGAUGGUUCACACGGAGCGACCGGACUGGCAGAGUGUUAUGACCUACGUCACAGCCAUCUACAAAUACUUUGAGACAUAAGCUUACCUUCCUCCUUCACGUCUCCAUAGAAACUACAGUCCGCUGUCUGUCCAUGUCCGCUGACCUCGCUGAACCAAAUAGACACAACAUGUACCAGUUCCCAGGUUUACCUCUGCAGUCCCCUGCACAGCACCAACACAGUGUUACCCCUACACAUCAGAUCUGAAGAACCCCAACAGACCAUCUUCUAAGAACCCCAAGAGACCCAUCUCUCUAGAACCCCAACAGACCAUCUCCGAAGAACCCCAACAGACCAUCUCUCUAAGAACCCCAACAGACCCAUCUCUCUAGAACCCCAACAGACCAUCUCUCUAGAACCCCAACAGACCAUCUCUCUUGAACCCCACCACCUUAUCACAUCAACAGAUCAACUAUCCAGAACCUCAACACCUCAUUACCCCAAAAUAGCAACUCCAGCUUCAACUCCCCUGCAUCUCUUGAACUCCUGAGUUCCUCAGUGUAACCCCCAACAAACACACUGGAAGCUCCUGCACAGGGGCCCUAAACCCGACCCAUUCAGCUACACAGGGGCCCUAACCCAUUCAGCUACAUAGGGGCCCUAACCCAUUCAGCUACAUAGGGGCCCUAAACCCGACCCAUUCAGCUACACAGGGGCCCUAACCCAUUCAGCUACACAGGGGCCCUAACCCAUUCAGCUACUUAGGGGCCCUAACCCAUUCAGCUACAUAGGGGCCUUAACCCAAACCCAUUCAGCUACAUAGGGGCCCUAACCCAUUCAGCUACAUAGGAGCCUUAACCCAAACCCAUUCAGCUACACAGGGGCCCUAACCCAUUCAGCUACAUAGGGGCCCUAACCCAUUCAGCUACAUAGGAGCCUUAACCCAAACCCAUUCAGCUACAUAGGGCCCUAACCCAUUCAGCUACAUAGGGGCCUUAACCCAAACCCAUUCAGCUACAUAGGGGCCCUAACCCAUUCAGCUACAUGGGGGCCUUAACCCAAACCCAUAACCUGAGUUGUGUUGAACCGCGCAGUUCAGCCCUGCACUCGAACCCGCAAACAGCAGCACCUCGGAUCGGGAGUCGAGUGUGCUUGCAAUCGAGCUAAAAGCCCAGGCUGCUAGCUCUCUUACUAGCAUGUCUCUUAAGGCGUCGGGAUGGAGGUUUACACAGCGUACAUACUGCACAGCUACGUACCAGCUGGCUCGAGUGCAGGGCUGAGCCGCGCUGUUGAACACAAGGCAGGUUACAUUGAUGCCGUGACCAGGGGGGCCCUCACCUUAACCCAUUCCGCUGCAUGGAAGCCCUAACUCAAACCCAUUCAGCUGCAGAUCAGGUCCUUCAAUGUGGAAGGCCUGGGACUUCUGAGACGUUACUGUGAAGUUGCCAGUAUGACUUUAACCCUAAGCUAAGCUCUAAGCUCCAUGGUGGAUGCGGCAGUCAGCUCUGCCGCGACUGCGGAGGGAAGUUGGCCGACGUGGAAUAGAACACCGGGCCCAUCUGAAGGGGAUCUCGCGUUCACCUGUGGCCGUCACAGGAGCGUGAAGAACACCUGCGUACAGCUCAGUCUGCAUAUGCAGCACAAUACAAAGCUCUGCUUUCAUCAGGACACAGCACUGCACUAUAUGGAACUCUAAAAGGCUUCCUGUGCACAGGAGCAUCAUUUAGUGGAUUUGUACUCGUUUGUAUUUUGAGCACAAACUGGAGCUGGCUUAUUUUGAAGGAGAGAGACUGACUUUAGCCUGUUAAGCCUUUGACUACAUUCCAGUGCCUAUCAUGCACACCUUCAAUGAACAGUAACACUAAUGAAUGAAAUAGUGAAGUGCAUAUUUAAGGUGCCUUGGGUAACACUGAUGUGCUCAUUUUAAACCUGUUGAGGAGUGAAUUAUUUUCCUGGUUCCUUCUAGAAUUCUACGCAAAGAUCUACAGUUUCAGUGUUCUUUAGACAGUUUAUGGGGGAAAUCUCUGGGUAAUUGUCGCAUCAGAAUGCGGAACUCUCGGUUCGCGAACAUUCUAAUCACAUAUUUGUGACCGUACUCCUCAACAGGUUAAAGGUGCCUCAGAUCACACUCUGAUACUCAUUCUCGUAGUGUUAAGGUAAAAUGAGUAUCUGUCCACUCAGUAUUCAGUAGAUCCAUCACAGACUAUGAGCCUGUUAUGCAUGAAGGAGGGACAUUUACCCAGCGUAACUUACACAACAUCCUAAGCACUCUAAUGCCGCAUUCCAGUUGUCUUGUAACACGAGUAGUGAUUCGGAAUGUCACAUCCGUGUAAAAACCGAGGCUGGUUGCGUUCCAGAUGUCAACAAAGUCGUGAGAAUAAAAUGCUAUCGUUUAGCAAUGGUCUGGUGUUAGCAGUUGUUACCAGAUAUAGCACACAUUUACACAAACGAACAUCAUAGCAACAGAUAGAGAUUGGACACUAUUGUUUCUAUGACUGAUUAAAUGAGACAAAAACAGAACUGCUAAUAAACAGUGCAUAUCUACGUUCUCAUUAAUGGGCGCAGCCAUUUUGGAAUUUCAAAUUUUGGUACUCUGGGCUCGAAAGAGCCAGCGAGUCGGGAUGCAACUUCAGGGGAUGUUCAAUUUGCAACUUUCGUUUAAUAACUCGGGAAACAACUCUGACCGACUGAACAACUCUGCAGACAAAUGGAAUGAGGCAUAAGGCCAAUCGCCCAGCAUACAGUGAUGCAAGAAAGUUUUAUCUUUGGGAUUCCUGGAAAUCUGCAUAAAUUUGACGUAAAUUUUGUACAUUGUACAUUACAUUAGAAUAGUUUUGUUAGCAGUAGAAUAAUUAUUCACAAAAAAUGUUGACCAAAAAGUAACCAAUAAGUCAACAGUAAAUGCCCUUGGUGGGAAAGGGUGUGUAAACAACUUGAACAAUCGCACAAUUUGUUGAUCAAUGUCACACCAGUUAGGACUAGGAGGAAUUUUGGCAUUUUCCUCUGCACACAAGAAUUCCAGCUAGCCUCAGCUAUGUCAAAAAUAACACAUUUUUGUGAAUACAAAUUCAUUUUGGCUUCUUCCAGUAAUUUGGAUGAUUUAAAUGAAGACCUGAAUACAUUAGGUCAUAUUUAUGGAGUUUUUCAGAAAUGUCAGGUCCAUAAACUUUUUUUAUGAACUGUAUUUAACACUGUUACGCAUGCCACACUCUAAGCAUCCUUUUAGCCAGGCACCAAGUAUAGCUAACUAUUAGCCAGGCACCCAGUAUAGCUAACUUUUUUAACCAGGCACCCAGUAUAGCUAACUCUACAGCUUGUGCAGUACCCUAAUCAUCCUAAGAGUCAGUGUAAAACAAUUGUAAAACAAUCAUGUACACUUCUGCCUGCACACCUCUUCUCUCUGAAAGGCAUUCCACCAUGUGUUAUUUCACCUUUGCUUUCUGAACCUCUUGACUCGCAUCUUGAUUAAGGUUUCAGGAAUAAUUCCUUCAUGUUUUUGUAUAGGACACUCCUUUUCCAUGACUGGUCACUAAAAAGCAGGCCUUUUUAGUUAGCUGAGAUAAAAGUCAGGUUUCAUUUCCUCAUUUCUUUGUGUGAAUUUCAUGAGAAUAUUCCUGUGGGGCCAUGUUGGCUAGGCCAACUUGCCAGGUUGUCCGUGUGUGGACAGUUUAAAUCAGUGAGAGACAUGCUAUUUGCAUUUUUGCUCUUGUGUACUUGUGCCUUAAUGCUUCACCCCUGAGACAUUCUUGUGACCUUGACCUUGUGACCUCAUGACCUCUGUGUAUUCAUGUGUGUUUGAGCAUGGUGCCCAACAAUGUUUUAUGACCACAGUCACACUUUUUCAUUAAAUAUCAGUUUCCUUCAGACGCCAUGGAGGUGUAUGCGUGUAUGUUAAAGACCAUCACUGGCUUCUAGCUGCCCCUGAUCAUCUGAGCAUGCCCCGUAGACUAAAGAAUAGCUCGUUAUCUAGACCUGAAGCUAGGUUGGGCAUUUGUCUAAAUGAGGUAGUCUCUGUCUCAGCUCUGAUUCUCUCCGGCACCCAAACAAAGCUGCCGUUGUUCUGGAAGUGUGCAGUGUGGAAGCCAGUUGUGUUCUGAAUGACAUACUGCUGUCCUGUGGCUGGCUGGAGUUGUCACUUCUUAAAUGCUAUGUGUCAACACAUGCCAAGUUGAUAAUUCAUUCUGCUCAGUGAAGGUGCCAUCAUCGUUAUUUACAUGCUGUGAAAGGAAGAGCUAUGCCAGUUACUCAAGUUAAUACUCACACUUUACGUACUUCAUCCUCAUUACAUGACCAUUGCUGAAAUACAAAAUCUUCCUGCUUGCGUUGCAUUUUACCAGGCUAAGGUUACUAUCCUUAAUGGUAAUGGAAGUCACUUAUACUUAACAUUACCUUACAUUUCACAUACUCUUAAACUGCAUAGUGAGGCUGAGUAGUCGGAUGUGAGGUGAACAGUGUCACAGUCUGUCAAAACAUUUAACAGAAUGCAGAUUUUGUUGUCUCAUUUAACUUUACCUGAUAGCAAAGACAGCCUGCCAAAAAUAAAUGCAAAAACAAUCGAGCAAUUAUGCACCAAAUUCGUACAAGAUCUAUUGCAGGGGUCGCCAACCUUUUUUCCUCCGAGAGCUACUUUGACAAAAUGGACAUGGCCGAGAGCUUUUUUUCCUCUGAGAGCUACUUUGAGGAAAUGGACAUGGCCGAGGGUCUUAUAGUGUUAUAGUAGCAUGCUAUGUAUUCACAUAGCUGAUCUCCACCCAAAACCGCUGAAUAAGAUUUAUAUGCUUUUUAAAGGUUCCUUUCAACUCAUUUACCUUCUCUCUUUGUAUACUGUGAAUUUGAUUUCAUAGGAAUUUUAAGGAAUUUUUAAUGUUUCCCAAGGGUUAUCAGAUUUAUGAACAUCUUCCUCAAACUUUUUGGAGAGCUACUUAAAAACAGGUGGGGAGCUACCUGUUGGAGACCCCUGACCUAUUGUUUGGUAAGCAUGAAGGAAGUAUGUAUCCUUCAACCUCAUAUCUUAUGAAUGGAGUUAUGGAGCUUUGGCUGUUAUCAACUGUUGCUGGACUCGUGCAUGGUGAAUGUGCUUCUGAAUGUGUGUACUGCAGCUCAUAAACAAAUGUUACCAUGUAUGCUCAAGACACACAGAUGCCAUUCUCUUUCAGGCCACCCAGAGGUACUGUAGUUGCUCUCUCAUAAAUAUGUUAGACAACAUCAACUAAGACCCCUUUUCCUUAAUGUUUGAUUACUUUGACAGUGACCAGACUUUGACCUGAGUUGUGGACACAAUGCUUUCACUCUCAUCGCUUGGAUGCAUGGCCAUUGGGCUUCCAGCCACACAGAAAUAAUUGAUGCUUUCCUUUAAGCCUUCAUCCUCAUGGCCUUCUGCUUCAGGAAAAAGAACAGACUCCUCUUUUACAUAUGAUGUGUUUUGUUUGUUUUUAUAAUUAAAUCUAUUUUGAAGAAUAGAUCAAAUGUCCCUUGCUGAUGAUCAAGAGGGCAAAAGUAUUGUUGACUAUCAAGGUCACUUGGAGCCACCCCUGACAGUUUAUUGAUGGAGUGUAUUAUGUCUAUAUUUAUAUUGGUUAGCAAUAUUAAAAAA